UUAUUUAGAUGGGUAUUCUCUAACAAGAUCAGAUUCCUGAUGGAGUGUGAGUGCAGUACCCUAGAGGGUAGGGACCAGGUUAGCUCCAACAUUAUCAGCAGACUCCUAGGGAUGAACCCGAGCAGGGACGAGGACUGGAACACAUAUAUCCCAACCCUCGUCUCUAUACAACAGUGCGUUCUUCCGUUGAAUAGUCAGCGGGAGGUUCUUAAAAAACUUCUCUCUCUAUUCUUUAGCUUACACACACACAAAACCUCGUUUAUCUACAGUCUAACCGUACUCCAAGACCAACUUAGAAAGGAGAAAACAUUCGUCCUUCACUGGGUGGCGGAGAAGAUUUGUUCUCGGAGUGAGGAACCUGAAGUCAUUCUCAUGUAUCUUGAUUUACUUGUACCUGUUGAGGAGAAGGAUAGUUUUGUGAUCCUGAACCUUCAUCAUAUUCUCCCGACCGUGUUCUAUCUAUCAGCCAUUAAGGAUUUGAAGGCUCCGUUGGUAACCCUGGCCGGAUUGAAGCGGAUGAGACCUAAAGCUCUGAUAAAUGAAUAUUUUCCCAAGAUGUACGCCCAUCUUGUGAUCAACAGUGAUAAGGAUACGUUAGCAGCGUGUAUGCGGUAUAUGAAGAAAGAGACGGGGAUAGAACUCAAGGUUCUGAUUACAUCAUAUAGGCUCAAGGUUAUAGAAGAACUUCUCUGUGUUCUCAGCUAUGAUAGAGAGAAGGUGACACAUGCCCUAAGGGACUGUGCUCGAGCAGACGAGAUGUUUAAGAAUAAAGGGACUGGAGAUCAAAAUGUCGUAAAGGAAUAUCUUUCUCACAAUCUAAUGGCUGCUCUCUCCUUUUUCCUUACUAAACUUAACAACGAAGGAACGUCUGUAAAGACGAAACUAGAUAUACUCGCGUCUCUCUCCGAGCUCUGUAGUUUCCUUGGUUCAGAUCAUCUCUCCCCUGUUAAACACUCGCUCCUGGCUUGUCUUAAGAUCUCUGGAAACCUGUCCAGAAAAUCAGCUUCAUUUAACACUGUCUCCGUAUCUCUGUGGAACGCAUUUGUCCGGAAUAUUGAGCUUAAUGACCUUGAAGUAAUUCUUCCGCAGGUGUUGGUUGGGUUGGCUUAUCAUGUAACCCUAGAUAAAGAGAAGAUUGUUCCUCUCUUCCGGUAUCUUCUUGUCGAGAACAGGAAGAAGUUUAAGGAUCUUUCGUCUUAUAUGGUUCUACUCCCGGAUAUAGCGGACCUAAAGGAGAUCGUGGUUCAAGUUCGAGGUGCGAAGGUUGAAUUCAGAAAUAUCCUUAUUGGUAUUCUCAAGAAUAUAGAUCAUGAAGCUGUUGAGGUCAGACAUCAGACUCUUAACACACUGAGAAACCUUCUAGACGUGAAUAUGGGAGCUCUUCAAGGGUUAUUGCUCCGGACUGAUCAAACUGACUCCGUUGUGUCAGAGUUGGUUCAGAAACUGAUGAACGGAAUGUCUUCCCAUGAACCAGACGAAGAUCUAAGAUAUGUCUCUGCAGAUUGUAUAGGACGGAUUGGUGCUCUGGAUCCUGGUAGGAUUGAGAUUGCUCCGGAUACUUCUGCAAACUCGGUUGAGAUUCAGAAUUUUCUGUUGGACGUGAACAGUGCGGACUUUUGUGUGAGAUUGAUAAUGGAGCUGGUUCGAGCAUGCCAGAGCUCAAGAGAACCUUUUAUAGUGGACAACUGCAUGUUUUCUAUCCAGCAAGUUCUCAAGAUAUAUCAGAUCAAUGGAAAAGAGAAAAAUAUGUUUGCUGCGGACGUGAUGAAACGUCUCUCUGACUCUGCCCGAGAGAUUGUUUCUCCUUUAUUAAGAUCCAUGUAUGUUCAUACCCCGAAACCUCAACAAAAAAUAAACACUCCGGUCUAUGGUUCAACCUUGGGGAGAAACUACAAAGAUUGGUUGGUUAACUUAACUCAGUGUCUGAUAGAACAUAUUUAUGAUCCGAAGAUCAAGGAUAUUUUCUCCUCCUGCCUCCCAGCACUGAAGAAAGAUGUGCGAACUGCGGAGUUUCUCCUGCCUCAUAUUGUAGUGUCGGUGAUCUGUGGAGCUGGUGAUGAGGAGAUAGAGAUCCUCGUCAAGGAGGUGAACGCUAUCCUUCCCGAAGACGGAGAUGCUUCCCAAGACGAUGGACAGGACAGGUUUGUGGAAGAAAACACGGAUAAGCUUGUUGCUCAAACUCUGUUUAGUAUCCUUGAUCAUUUACGAUCAUGGUUGAGAGCCAAGUACAACUUGUCCAUCAGUUCCCUUGGUAAAUCUGAUAAUCAGCUGAGAACUGAAGAUAUCCUGAAGGCUACAAAGGAUAAACAUUAUCAAGCAGUUUUAUCCUUCAUAAACCGAAUACCUGACGAAGGUUUAGCAAACCUAUCCUUCUAUACUGGAGCAUAUCAUAGAUCUGCUUUCUAUCUAGACCGUACCUUUGUGAACCAGGAGUACAGCGAGCACCAGCUCAACGCCAUGCAGAAGCUGUUCGCCUGCUUGCAAGAGCCUGAUCUCGUAGUUGGAGUUGCUGCUGUUCGUCGUGAAGAGCCAACCUUGGAGAAUCAGAUUCUGUACAACCAGGCAAUUGGAAACUUUCAGGAUGCGCUUUGCUGCUUUGAACGUCAGCGUAGAGCUGAGAACGUUGGUUAUACUGGUUUAAUUCAGUGUUAUCUGUAUACUGAUAAACCCUCAGCAGCUGCUAGUCUUGCUGCAGGACUCAUUGCCAAGGAUAAGAGUUUAUCCAAGUACCUUGCUCCGUUUCAGGCGGAGGCGGCCUGGCAGCUGGGGGAGUGGCAAGAGCUCAACGAGUUUACAAAGGAGGAGUUUUCUCCGGAGCCUUCCUGGGAGAUGAACCUGAGUAAGGUUAUACUAUCCGCAUACAAGAUGGAUAAAUUUCUCUUUCUCCAGGAGUCUCACUCAGCUAGGAAGGAUAUUCUGAAAACACUCUCUGCAGUUAGCUCGGAGCAAAGUGCUUACAAGAAAAGUUAUCUUUACAUUGGACGGUUAGGAAUGCUUCAGGAGGUUCAGAAUAUUACGGAAACCCUUCUCCUGAAUAAACCUGGAGAUAACGAGGUUCUGUACUCCAGGUUGUGCUCUCUACUGGAGGAUCUAGAGGCCAGGUUGAACUAUACUCAGGUCUCAUGGACCAAUAUGGAGCCAAUUCUUAGACUGAGACGUGGAAUAUUUAAUGCAGUCUAUAGCAGAUGUAAGCCAACAGAAGCCAUGGUACGGGAAAGGGUUAAGACUGAGAUUGGUGAAUGCUGGCUUCGCUCUGCCAAGAUAGCAAGGAAGGCUGGGCAGCUGCAGGAGUCCUACAGUUUUCUACUAGAGGCGGAGAAGUAUGAAAAUCCGCAAAUAUUUUUAGAAUCUGCUAAACUCAAGUGGGAGAGAGGAAAUAAGACUGAAGCCAUCUCUGCGCUAAAGAAAGGACUAAAUGAUGCAUUUCCUGAUGUUAUGAAUGCGCUGGAAAAGCUUUCUUCCAAAGAUGACAAAGACCUUCAAGUAUCCCUGACAAAUCUUGACAGAAAAGGACCGGGGUUACGGGAAUUGUGUGCAAGUGGGAAGCUUCUCCUGGCUAGAUAUGUUGAGGAAGCAGCAAGUGUUGGUCAGGAAGCUGUUCGAACCCACUUUGAGCAUGCUAAAGAAAUCGUUAGAACAAGCGAUGAAAUAUUUUACUAUCAAGCCAAGUUUAUGGACAAGAAGUCUAUGAAGAUGACGUCAGAGCAGAUGAUAAAUCAAUCCGAAAUCGUUACACAUGCAGCUCUAACCUACUUGCGAUCACUUCGUUACGGACCGACUUUUCUUGAUGAAUGUAUGCCGCGCCUUCUUUCAAUAUGGCUCGACUUCGCGGCUACCAUUCAGGAAGCGAUAGUAGCGAAGAGCAGGGAUACUUUAACCAUAGCAGUGGUUGAUCAUGCGACUAAACAGCUAAGCAAGCUGAACAGAACGAUCCAGAACACUAUUAGUAAAAUGCCAACAUAUUAUUUUCUCACUGCAUUUCCACAAAUUGUAUCUCGUAUCUGCCAUUCAAACAAUGAAACCUACAACGUUCUCAAGUCUUUGAUGGUAAAAGUUGUUCUGGCAUUUCCCCAGCAGGCAUUUUGGCACUUGGUUUGUGUGAGUAAAAACAGAGAUCCGACCCGUAAGUCUAGGUGUCAGGAAGUGUUUGCCGAGGUCAAAAGGGUUCGGAGCGAUCUCUCGAAGUUUUUGACCGACGCCAUAUUGUUCUCAGAGAAGAUUGAUGAUUUAUGUGAUGUAAAGACUACUCAAGGUGUUUUGCACACAUCCUGUCGUGAACUUGUCCCGUCCCUACCUGCACUCUUCCGGAGUAAAGGAUUCUCAUCCAUUAUUCUUCCGAUAGAACGGAACAUGGUUGUAACUUCUCCCACUUCUGAAGCGGACCUGGAGACGCACAACCCGUACCCGGACGGUGUGGUCACCAUUGUUGGAAUAGAAGACGAUAUUCAGGUCAUGAUUUCCCUCAUCAAACCCAAGAAGAUCACACUCCGGGGUUCUGACGGGAAACGUUACUCCUUCCUGGCCAAACCGAAGGACGAUCUGAGACGCGACUGCAGGCUCAUGGACUUUGGAAACCUGUUAAACAGAAUGUUUAGAAAGGAACCAGAGACAAGGAAACGAGGAUUAAAGAUGAGAACAUACAUGGUUGUCCCAACAAAUGAAACCAACGGAUUGAUUGAAUGGGUGAGCAAUCUAAAGGGAUUAAGACAUAUCAUUAUAACCCUGCUGAAAGAGCGAGGAGUGUCGGUCCAGAAAAUUCAAAGACAACAUAUGCCGAAGAAUGAGGAUAGUGUAGAGAAGAAGAUCGAGGGACUGAGGAAGUGCAUUAAUGACAUGAAGGGAAACCAUAGUAGUCCUUCAGUGUUCAGAGAAUGGUUUGUUAGAACCUUCCCGGAUCCCCAGGCGUGGUUUGCGGCUCGGCUUGCCUUCACCCGGACAACGGCCGUUAUGUCUAUGAUGGGAUACAUCCUGGGUCUGGGAGAUAGACAUCUGGAGAACAUAAACGUGGAUACAACUACAGGACAGACGUUUCAUGUCGACAUGAAUAGCUUGUUUAAUAUCAGCGAGACAUACGCGGUUCCAGAGAUAGUUCCUUUCCGACUAACCAACAAUAUAGUGGAUGGAUUUGGACCCUUGGGAACAGAAGGACCUUUCAGAAUAUCAUGCGAGGUUACCCUGAGAAUGAUGAGAGACCAGAAGGAUCUUCUAAUGUCUGUUCUUCGUCCUUUUAUAUUCGAUCCUCUAGUCGAUUGGACCAUAAGAGAUAAGAGUAAGAAGAAGGAGGUUGGUGGUGAUGAUGGGAAUAAGCCCGGUAAGGAAGCUCUAGCCCGAGUCCAGGAUAGACUGGACGGAUGUGUAACUACGGAUAGGAAGCGGAAAGGGAACCUGAACCCCCCGUUAAGCGUAGAAGGUCAGGUCGAUCACGUGAUCAGAGAAGCUUCCGCAGAAAAGAACCUUGCAGUAAUGUACUGGGGAUGGAAUCCCUUCCUUUAAUCCCUCGCGAAGUCACGAGUAGUGCGAAAACGAACUGCUAGGGUAGGGAGGGAGUGCAGGGACGCCAUGAGCCCCGCGAAAUGGUCUCCAAGCUUCGGGAUUCGAAGAUGAGUAUUUAAAAUGACCUGGCGCUACCCCAAUCCUUAGAAUUGAUAUAAAAAAUUAUGUAAAAAAUUUAUAAAAUACAUUUAAUAUUAAAUAAUUAUGCAAUUUUUUUUAACUAUUUAAAGAUCAAAUAUUUUACUUUUAACAUGUUAUUUAAUACUUCUAUAAUAUCUAUUCUAACGUUUAGGGGUAGUGCCAGGUCAUUUUAAAUACUAAUCUGCAAAUACGGAGGCUUGGAGAUUGGAGACCAUUUUUCACGGGCUCAUGGCGGCCGGCAUCCCCUCCCUCGCUAGAUAGAUUAGUACAAAAAUUCCAAGUCAAAAUGUAAAUUUAAUAGUUAUUGCAGCUAAAAAUACGCUUUUAAGAAUGUGUACUUGAACAUCUUACCAAUUUUUAUACUUUUGUACGGAACAUAACCUUAUGUGAUCAUUAGUGAUAUCAGUAUUAACGUAAAGCAACAUUGAUGCGGGAAAAAAAUAAUGAAUAAAAAAUGACAUUUUGAAUA